ACCUCACUAUUCCGCGAGGCUACGUACCUACGUCGUAACGUCGCUUACCUACGUUUAUGUUUUCUGCAAGGAAAAACCAAAUUUUUUCGCAUUAAGUGAUUUGCAUUCAAGAAAAUGUUUUAUAUUGGUGCUCUGCGUGCGAACCAGUAUAGGUGAAAAUUGCGCGGCGGCACGGAGCAAACAAACGUGCGGGCCUCACGGGCAGCAGUUUGUUAUCAAACAGCUAGUGGCGAGGCGCGAGGGCCAUGGCGAUGGCGGCGCCCGGGAUCAUCGUGAAGGAAGGAUGGCUGCAGAAACGUGGUGAACACAUCCGGAAUUGGCGAGAUCGGUACUUCAUAUUGUUCGACACGGGGGACCUGGUGGGCUUCAAGACCCAGCCGGAGCGGAACAACUACAGGGACCCUCUCAACAAGUUCACCGUACGCGACUGCCAGAUCAUGGCUGUGGACAAACCUCGCCCCUACACUUUUACCAUACGUGGCCUGCAGUGGACCACUGUUAUUGAAAGGAACUUCUCAGUUGACAACGAAAAAGAAAGAGAAGAGUGGGUGAAGGCCAUCCGAGAAGUUGCCUCGCAACUGAGCACCGGAGGGCCCAGUUCAGCAUCGAUGUCCGAUGCUGACGAUCGCGACAUGGCACAGCUCGGCACCAGCUUCCGUGACCCCCGCCGCAUCACCUUAGAAAAAUUCGAAUUCGUGAAGGUGCUAGGCAAGGGUACGUUUGGGAAGGUGGUUCUGAGCCGUGAGAAGGGAACGGGAAAGCUGUACGCUAUGAAGAUAUUGAAGAAACACCUCAUUAUACAGAAGGAUGAGGUCGCGCACACCAUCACCGAGAACCGAGUGCUCAAGAAGACCAAGCAUCCAUUUUUGACGGCUCUCCGCUAUUCCUUCCAAACGGCAGACCGUGUCUGCUUCGUAAUGGAAUACGCUAAUGGCGGUGAAUUGUUCUUUCAUUUGUCCCGCGAGCGUUCGUUCACCGAGGACCGCACCAGGUUCUACGGAGCCGAGAUAGUAUCUGCUCUCGGGUACCUGCACUCCGAGGGUAUUAUAUAUCGGGAUCUGAAACUCGAGAAUUUGCUGCUAGACAAAGACGGACACAUCAAGAUUGCCGACUUCGGACUAUGCAAGGUGAAUAUAACGUAUGGACGCACGACCAAGACGUUCUGUGGCACCCCCGAGUACCUCGCCCCUGAGGUCAUAGAGGACUCCGAUUAUGGUCCCGCCGUAGAUUGGUGGGGUACCGGUGUAGUGAUGUACGAGAUGGCGUGCGGCCGGCUGCCCUUCUACAACCGGGACCACGAUGUGCUGUUCGGGCUCAUCAUCAACGAGGAGGUCCGGUUCCCCCGCAGCGUGUCGGCCGCGUGUCGCUCGCUGCUGGACGGGCUGCUGACCAAGGACCCUCGCGCGCGGCUGGGCGCCGGGCCGGACGACGCGCACGAGAUCAUGAACCACCCCUUCUUCGCGUCGAUCAACUGGAACGACCUCGUCGCCAAGAAGAUCCCGCCCCCGUUCAAGCCUCAAGUGGAAUCCGACAUCGACACCCGGUACUUCGACUCUGAGUUCACCGGGGAGAGCGUCGAGCUCACGCCGCCCGAGAACGAGAACAGCCUCGCCUUUAUACAGGAGGAGAGCUUCCCGCAGUUCUCCUAUCAGGAUAUAUGUUCAUCAGCGCAUUCAGCCCUCUCCCACAUGUCGCAUCACUCCGCGCUGACCGACAAACGGCACUAGCCCCCUCCACACACACACACCGAGCCGACGUAACACGUAAUAUCGACAGAAUUUAUAGUACCGUAAUAAUAUCGAUAAACUAAAUCUUAACUAUCGAUAAAUAUAUCGACUUUUUGACGUAUGCCAUAUUCGUUUAGAACGGAGUUUGAAAGUCACAAUUUAUGGAAUAUAGACAAAAUCACCAUUACGAUUGAAAACAAAAAAAAUAUGAAAAUCAAGUAAUAUGUGAAAUGAAAGUCUACUACUAUCGGAAAACGCAGCAAAUAAUAGAGAAGUAUAUUAAUUACAUUAAAAAUCGAUUUAUUCAACUCUGAGUUGUCGUAAAAUCUUUUAAGCCAUAUUGACGAUAGCAAGUUAUCGAUAAUAUUACGGUUACGCAUCGUGAGCCUUAAUAAUGACGAUUACGAGAAUGAUGUUAAUUCGAGAAAAAAGAAAUCGAUAGACAUUUGGUUUUUUUUUUGUAAGUUACCAUACCGUCGUCAUUGUACCGUCAUGUACAUUGUAACUAUUCGAAAUAGUAUAUUGACUAUAAUUACGUAUUGAAAUUACAAUCAAAUUAUUAUUUUUAUAUGUUACAUGUUCACUGAACAUCAAUAAAUACAUACACAAAUACAUAUAAUAUAGACGAAUCAUUAAUUCUGUUCUAAAAUGAAUGACAUUAUUGAUUUGAGUUGAUUGAUUUGUUCCUCUCAUCCGUUUAACAUCAUUCUCCAGCACUAAAAAUGUAAAAACCCUAAAAUAAAAAUCAUCUCGUUUAUUUUACUGAUCACAGGAAUGUAUCGAAGGUUAUGGAGCAACAUGAAUUUAUCUAUACACCCAAAUAUAAUAAUCUGAGACUAUAGUCAGUUGAAUUUCUCUAUAAGAUCCCUUUGCAAACGUUUAGAAAAAAUAACAACUUUAGUAAUUCGUAUUAAUUUAAAACAAUAAUAUCUUUAUACUAACACGCAUGUGUCAUUUGGAAUACUUAAGAGUCGACGCUACCGAAGGAACAGUUUUGUGUAAUGUAACAUAAUAAAAAUGCACCGUAUUCUCAAUAGCAGAACGCUCAUUUUGUCCCGUACCUAUAAAAUUGCUAUAUAAUGUACCGGCAUCCAUAAUUUGUGCGCCCGCAGUGUAUAGUGUGUUCUAUAGUCAGAGGUCAACGACCGAGCUAACUAGUGAUGUGGCGGUGUUCACUGCUUUAAAUUUAAUGAAAAUUAUUAUUUGAUUUUUGUUUAUCACAUCAUUAAAUAAACGAAAAACACGUAGCACCUUUAAUUUCGAACAUCCAAAAGAAAUAAUGAUAAAUUAAUAUUGGCUCGAAUUUCAUACUUCCUUUAAUACAAAAUCGGUUACAAAGUAUGCGAUAAGGCGGUGAAUCAUCGUGUGCCUAAAUCAUUAGCGGCGUGUUCCCAAACUGUACUAUUAUGAAUUAAAAAAGCUUAAUCAUGUAUCCUCAA